CAUAGUUACGAGGUCAAUGUGUCCUUCCACACGUGUUUUCUGUAAUCUUCAGAAGAGACUGUAGCAGGAAGCUAGCCGGCUGCUGUCAGCUGUCAAACCAAACUUCUCGAUCCUUAGUUUUUCAUUAACAUUUAUAUACAGUCAUGCUAAAGUCAGUGGUCCGUGCUGUGGGAGCAGCUGUCCGUGUCUCUUCAGUCACCACAUCAUCAGCCCGAGCUCUACCGCUCAGCUGUCCGACACUAUGCGCUCCAAGCUCGGCCACGACUCGGCCUUUCACCCGGUCUCUGUGGAUGCUGAAUAACAACGGAGCCUCGUCAGGAUACAGACCGAAACUGUUCAGUUCAAAAGCGUUUACUCCUUCACUAUCAUGUGGCUGUGGAGGACUUCAUACAGAAGGUGACAAAGCAUUUGGCGAGUUCCUGUCUGAUGAAAUCAAAGAGGAGAGGAAGCUCCAGAAAACCAAAAGCCUUCCUAAGAUGUCUGGAGGAUGGGAGCUGGAGAUGAACGGCACAGAGGCUAAACUCUCGAGGAGUAUCGCAGGAGAAAAAGUCAUUGUCACAUUUAACGUCAAUAACAGCAUCCCUCCUAACUUUGAGGAAGAGGCAGAACAGGGACAGCAGAAGCCAGCAGAAGAGGAGCCAGAACUUGUGUCAACUCCCAACUUUGUUGUUGAAGUAACGAAACAGGCAGCGAAACAUUCCCUGGUGUUUGACUGCCAUUUCCCUGAAGACGAGAUAAGCCAGGGUGAAGGAGGAGAAGAAGAGAGUGACAUCUUUACCAUCCGGGAGGUCAGUUUCCAGCCGGAGGGAGACUCUGACUGGAAGGAGACAAGCUACACGCUCAACACAGACUCUCUGGACUGGGCUCUUUACGACCACCUGAUGGACUUCCUUGCUGACCGCGGGGUGGACAACACAUUUGCCGAUGAACUGAUGGAGCUGAGCACUGCCGUCGAACAUCAGGAGUACAUCAAGUUCCUGGAAGACCUCCAAGGCUUUGUCAAGUGUAACUAAUGUUAGAUAUUAACUCAUUUUCACUGUUCUCUAUCACAUAUCUUGCAAAGUUGGAGGUGUGAUAAUACAAUAAUGUUGCAGCAAUGAUGAUUGAUGACUAAUUGAUAUUUUUGGCACUCUAAAGACAUACCAUCCCUUGCUUUAGUGUCAGUGACUGUGAGCCAUGUUGCUGCAAAUGUUCUCUCUUUGUUGAAAUGUGAGUUUAUUUUUCUGUAAUUUAAAUUAAAUGUAUAAAGGUCAUUAAUAAUGCCGGUCAGAAACAAUGAUUAUAACAAAAUACUCCUGUAUUUGUCUUCCCUGCAGAGCUCUAACACAGUCCAGUUAAUAUUUGCUAAGUAGCCCUGAAGCCAAGAUUUGUCUAGAUGUAAAAUCAAAACAGAAGUUCCCAAAAAAAAAAAAAGAUAUAUAUGUGUAUAUACAUAUAUUUUAGGGAAACAGUCCUCACUUAAUGGUCUAACAUCUUGACAAUCCUGCUCAAGUCUUAUUUCUGGCUGGUGUUGGCUCAGGAGUUCAUGUUGACUCAUUGACUUGACUCUGUUUGAAUAUGUGAAGACUUAAUUUGAGUGGUAUACAGCAGUGUAUUCUCAGAGAGUGGAAGAUCAGUGUCCAAUAAAACCGUUUGAUAUAAAACUA